UGGCGCCUAAACUCAUGAGUCGUUUCACUGACAUUGCUCGAUUGUUAUCUUUUUAAUUAAUUAAUCAUUUGCGAUUUUUUUUAUUACGUGACCUUUGAAUCUCUCUCAUGACACGAUUAUCGUGGAACUGAAAAGCUAUUCUUAAAUAACAAGUGCCUUUCCGUACUCGCUGAUUCAUUAGAUUGAGUAUGGAUGAUAGAACAAUAAAUAUGAAGCCAGACCGGCUGGAAAGAAAGAUAGAAAAUCCAAAAAAACAUACAAAGAGGAGUAAAAAGGGCAGUGUGAAGGUCAAUAAAUGGUGUACUGAAGAACGAAAUGAAAUAAACAGUGAACCAGUACCAGAAAUCGACUUUACUCCGGUAUUUUGGCAGCAAUCAGGAGCUUCACCUCACGUACAGCCUUUGAGAAAUAGCCAAAGACUUUUUACAGCUAUGUCUGACCCAAGUGUAUGUGGAUAUUCAACAGUGCCUGUCGCUUACGCUAUGGAACCUGUGUCAAUGCCUCCAGUUUAUCCUCUAUAUAGGCCAGUACCUCAACCAAACUAUCGAGCCUUUAGAGGUAAAGUAAGGAGAAAUAUUCAUAAUCAAAUGGGUUCUCGAUUACAUCAGAGCAAUUUAAUAAAUGGAUAUUCAAGUCUCCAAGAAAAUCGACCAAACUUUAUGACGUCUCCUAUAUAUCAAAAUGGAGACUAUACCUCAUUGCCUCCUACUGCGAACAAUCAUACGACCAAUGAUACUGAAGAACUCAAUUCAGAACAUAGAAGAUAUUCAGAUCCUGGUCUAGGACCUGCUGAUUUGCCUCCUUACACCCACAGCGAAGAUUCCGAUAGUGGCGAAAGUGGAAGUUCCAUUACCACUAUUGGCAAAAAUAAUAAACUUGUAUUAUCUUUAGUAGAACAGAUGACAGCUCUUAGAGAAGUAAAUAGUCAAAUGUUUAAGCAGCUUCAUGAAACAAAAAUGUCUCUAGAAAGUGUUAAAGCUGAAUUGGGUCGUAUGAAACAUCAAGUUUCUGUAGAAUAUCAACCAGGAAUGUUAUCAGAUAUGAUCAGUGAAAUAAGACAAGCAAAUAAAAUGUUGGAGGAAUCUAUAAUUACUCGAAUUAACACAGUAGUUGAAGAAAAAAAUCAACAAAAUUUAUUGGAACUCAAAGAAUUAAGGGAUCGUUUAGCUCAAAUAACUGAGGAAAAAGCAGUGGCAGACAAACGUAUUGUUAAAUUGGAAGAAGAAGUAGCUGCUCUUAAGAUGACGAACAAUGAUGAUCAGGAGAUUGCUGCCCUUGAGGAGGAGACUUUAACUCUACGACGAGAGCUUCAGGAAGCACGAGCACCAAGGAAUAUCAUUCCAAGUCAUUCAGCAAAGUGCGUAGAUGCUGCAGUAACAAGAACUAUUAUACCUGUAACUUUUGAUACACUCAUUAAAAGCAGCACCCCCGUGCGUACCAACAUCCAUGAGACCCGUCGCUUCAGUUCCAUGGGUUCUGGCCCACCUUCAUCAUCAUCCUCUUCAUCAACUUCUUCGUCAUCUUCUUCUUCUGUUUCGACCUCUUCUUCCUCAUCACCUUUAUCCCAUUCCGACUCGUUGAGGAAUUUAGAAAGCAUCAAUGGUUCAAAGGACAUAAAGGAAAAAAUGCCGGAAAAAAUAAACAAUAAAGAUCAAGAGCGAAGAAAAGAAUCAGUCCAAUCAUUGGAGCCUGAUGAAAAAGAAGCUCUAGAGAAAUUGAUUCAUUUCCAUUUUAACAGAGAACAACGACUAGCUCAAUCUCAGGAUGCUUCUACCAAAAAGACAGAGACAUGUCGUCAGAAGAGUGAAGGAGCAAAUAAUUUAAAGAAAUUUUCUGACAAUUAUCAUGUAAACAAUGUAUCCAGAAAUUCAACGUCUUCGUCAUCAUCAUCGGGAUCUGAUAGUGGUGCUGACGAACGAUUCAAUGGAAAAAAUGGCAAAUUAGACAAAAAUCAAAGAAAAAAUGGUGUAGUCGAGGUUCCAGAUGUCGUCGUCGUCGCUGGAAAAUCUAUGGUACCUAAACAUUUAUGCUCGACGAGAAUCCUACCUCCUAAAGUCCUCAAUGCACCUCCACACACCACCUACACCACUGCCUAUAUUUAGGAUACGUACGGGGCCACCACAAGUGUUGUGUGUCGUCACUUGCAGGGGCUUCAUUUGGGUUUAUUCUUGCCAAUUCUUCUGUACAAAUAUCACACGAGAAAGGGAAGAAAGAGAGGAAAAGAACGUAACCGGAAACGUGAUUUAUCAGACUGGAGAAACUGGUGGCAAUACUGCAUAAAAAGAUGAACGACAUCAAUCAAACCAAGACUGGCUCUACUUCUACUGUUG